ACAUACACUACACAUCCUAGCUUGCACUGCGUCCACAGCAGUCGUAUAUUGGUUAUCCAAGAUGGCGUCGUUGGGAAGGAGGCGCGGUGUCCCAGUCAACAGGGAGAGGGGAGUGAUGGCGGCAACGGACUGCUACAUUGUUCAUGAGAUCUACAACGGGGAGAAUGCGCAGGACCAGUUUGAGUAUGAGCUGGAGCAGGCACUGGAGGCCCAGUACAAGUACAUUGUGAUCGAGCCCACACGCAUUGGCGACGAGACGGCCCGCUGGAUCGCCGUGGGCAACUGCCUGCACAAGACGGCUGUCCUGUCGGGCACCGCCUGCCUCCUGACGCCGCUUUCGCUACCGCCUGAGUACUCGCGCUACGUGGCACUGCCCGCUGGUGCCCUCAGCGUGGCCUGCUCCGCCCUCUACGGAAUCUCCUGGCAGUUUGAUCCCUGCUGCAAGUACCAGGUGGAGUACGAUAGCCAAAAACUCUCGCGGCUGCCCCUGCACACACUCACCUCCUCCACGCCAGUGGUUCUGGUGCGCAGGGACGACAUCCACAGAAAGAGACUCCACAACACGAUAGCGCUGGCCGCCCUGGCCUACUGCGCCAAGAAGAUCUACGAACUCUAUGUGGUAUGAGCAUACUCUGAAGAGGGUUAAACAAAUAAAAUAAAAUAUAAAAUUAAAAAAAAUAUAGUGGGAAAAGAAAGAAUCCACCCAAUAGUAAGCCAAGUGGAAGCCAUGUGCUGAGUAGAGGGUUUGCCCCUAACCCCCUCCACCCCACCUCACUUGCGCGUGUGCUUACUUUUGGGCUGUUUGAUGGAUCAGAGGGAUAUAGUUCAAACUAGAAGGAAUUAUUUUUCCCUUAUUUUCUUUACUUGUAAGUGACAUCACCAGUGCACUUAUCCAUAUGGUACCCUUGCGCCUCUUCCCAAUCCCUUUACCCCUCUCAAUACACUAAGUUAGGGCACAAGGGUAGCUAAGUAAAAAGAUUUAGACUGAAUUGUGUUGCAGUUGAAAUGGACAGGCUUAAGUAUUACCAACAUGUCUAUUCCUUGUAGUUUUACUGUACCCCUUUCUUGCUGAUCAGUAUGUCACCCUUUCAUUAAACAUUAGGAUAUUUCAAACUCUCA